AAGAAUAAUGUAGAAGUAGAAAAGAAAAAAAAAAGGCAAAAGGAAAAGACAUAAUCAGCUUUAAGGCAAAUCGGAACCACCAUUCUCUUCCAUGGAUGGCGUGGAAAAGCUGAGGAAGGAAUUCAAGUAUUGGAAAUAUUCACCGUAUUUCUAUCAAAAGCGCAACUAUUAUGAGUCGGAAUGGAAAGACAGUUAUCGUAUCUUGGUUGAUUCGUUUAUGCUUAGUUCUUCCACAUUCGAGAACGCCUUGAGCAAAUCACUUUGGAAAAUGAAACUGUCACCUGUGGGGGAUGCGGUGCCUUGCAGCUUUAAGGAUUUGGAAAAUAUGACCCUGAAAUUUUCCCGAUCCCAAUGUUUAAUCCACACUAUGUACGGCAGAUUGUUUGCAGAUCAUGAGGGCAAUGUUGCUAUCAAAACAUGGGAUUUCUUUGUUCCACAGUUCCCCUGUUAUGCUGACCAUCCGAAUAGAUUUUGUGUAUGUUUAAUUUGUUGGAUCUCAUUUUUCUCUUCCUCCGUUAACAUUUAUUUUUUCCCUAACCUAGCUGGAAAAUUUAAUUUGCAGAACGAGCUUGAAAUACUAACGCGUGAAGACCGACAUCCAUGUUUGAUGAAGUUAAAGGGCUUCUGUUUUCAGCAUAUACUUGCACUAGUGUAUGAUGAAAUGCCAACACAAGUUUUGUCAACCAAGCUUCAUUCUGGCAAUCAGUUUGGAUGGAAUGCUAGAAUGAGGGUGGCGACUCAACUUGCAAGCCUCUUCGCCUGGUUUCAUGAGAGGCGAUAUGCAUUUGGUACUGUCAGACCAAAAGACAUAAUGAUUGACAACGACUUCAACAUUAAAGUAUUCGACUUUGGUUUCCUUACUCCGGUCACGAAUGAAGAUAAUUGGGGGCCCUUGCCUUAUCAUGCUAUUCGAGAACCUCCAGAGGCUAGAUACGGUAUUCAGAAUUUAAAAGCUGAUGUUUACAUAUUUGGUAUUCUACUUGUGGAGUUGAUUGGCAAUAGCUACAUUGGUAUAGAGAAGAAGAUGGCAAUCCACCACUGGAUUCUUAAGGAACUCCAAGGAGGAAAAAGAUCAAUAGUGAAUGAAUCAAUUCUGCAAGAUAAUGAUGAGCUUGCUAACGGCAUCACAGACUUAGCAGUAAAAUGUUUGAAUGAGGAUCCAAAUGAACGCCCAAAUAUGAUGGAAGUCUCUACCAACUUGUCCAAUUUGGUAGGAGUAACUUGAAAUCAAUUAGUUACUUUGAGCUUAGUGAGGCUUUAUAUGCUCAAAACAUUACUCAAUAUGAAUCAUUAGUUGCUUAUGUAAUAAGGAUUUAAGGUGUGUGGUGGUUCUUGUUUUGCUUGUUAGGGCUUUACUAUAGAGAACUUGAAAACCACUUGAUAUGCUUGAACUUCAUUCGAAUUUUUCUUCAUUUUGGCUAAUUCUUACUUUGAACACGAUUUAUGCUACAAUUUUGA